AUGCGGGCGCCACUCUGCCUGCUGCUGCUCCUCGCCCACGCAGUGGACAUGCUCGCCCUGUACCGAAGGAAGAAGCAAGCAGGCACUGGUCUGGAGGGCAACUGCACAGGCUGUGUCAUAUGCUCGCAGGAGAAUGGCUGUUCCACCUGCCAGCAGAGGCUUUUCCUCUUCAUCCGCCGGGAAGGUAUCCGUCAGUACGGCAAGUGUGUGCAUGAUUGUCCCCUUGGCUUCUUUGGAAUCCGUGGCCAGGAGGUCAACAGAUGCAAGAAAUGUGGGGCCACAUGCGAGAGCUGUUUCAGCCAGGACUUCUGUAUCCGCUGCAAAAGGCGGUUUCACCUAUACAAAGGGAAGUGCCUGCCCACCUGUCCGCCAGGCACCAUGACCCACCAGAGUACCCGAGAGUGCCAGGAAGAGUGUGAGCCAAGCCCUUGGGGCAGCUGGAGUCCCUGCAUAUACAAUGGGAAGACCUGUGGCUCAGGCUGGGGCCUAGAGACCCGGAUGCGGGAGGCUGGCCCGGCCAAGCAGGAAGAGACGGCAAGUUGUCAAGUGUUAUCUGAGUCCAGAAAAUGUCCUCUAAAGAGGCCCUGCCCAAGAGAAAGAAAUCCCAGGCAGAGGAACAGGAAGGAUCGGCGCCAGCGCAAGGACAGGAAGCUGGAUCGCAGGCCGCCCCAGCAUGGCUCACAGUGA